AUGCGACUACUGGAACGUGACGAUACCGGCGAGGUCCGUUUGACGGAGGACCUCCCCAAAAACAAGAUUCCGCCGUAUGCGAUACUUUCACACACAUGGGGCGACGGGGAGGUCCUCUUUAGGGACCUGAUGGAUGCUACAGGCAAGAAUAAAGCAGGCUACGCCAAGAUUCGAUUUUGCGGAGAUCAAGCCUGGCGCGAUGGGUUGAGAUUCUUCUGGGUCGACACAUGCUGCAUCGAUAAGUCAAACAGCGUCGAGCUUCAGGAGGCGAUCAACUCAAUGUUUCGUUGGUACCGCAAUGCAACCAAAUGUUACACCUAUCUUAUGGAUGUCUCGAUCACUUCCCCCGACGUUAAUGACAAGUCCAUCUGGGAGCCGGCUUUCCGAGCAAGCAGGUGGUUCACCCGCGGGUGGACUCUUCAAGAGCUCAUUGCUCCAACAUCAGUCGAAUUCUUCUCUAGGGAGGAAGUGCAUCUUGGGGAUAGGACGGCUCUAGAGCAAGUUAUUCACGACGUGACGGGGAUUCCUCUCAAGGUCCUCCAAGGUGGUCUUCUAUCUGAUUUCAGUAUCGAUGACCGAAUGGCAUGGAUCGAGAAACGUACGACAACACGUGAGGAAGACAUGGCAUACUCGCUGUUCGGCAUCUUCGACGUCCAGUUACCGCUUAUCUACAGCGAGGGAAAACAAAAGGCAUUUAGACGGCUACGAGAGGAAAUCAAUAAAGCAUCGAAGGGUGAGCAACCCUUCGAUGAGGCCGAAGUUCGCUGUCUCGCCGACCUGUGUAUUACCGACCCACGCCACGACAAGAAGCGUAUCGAAACGGCAAAGGGCGGCCUCUUGAAAGACUCGUACCGGUGGGUGCUCAGAAACGCCCAAUUCCAGCAAUGGCGCGACGACGAAGACAACCGGCUCCUCUGGAUCAAAGGCGAUCCCGGUAAGGGCAAGACCAUGUUGCUCUGCGGCAUCAUAGACGAGUUGAAGAUGUCUGCCCCAUCCUGCCUGCUAUCCUUCUUCUUUUGCCAGGCUACCGACUCACGCAUCAACAACGCCACCGCAGUUCUACGCGGGUUAAUCUACCUCCUUAUCAGCCAACAACCAGCACUUAUAUCACAUGUACGGAAACAGUAUGAUCUCACUGGGAGAAGCACAUUUGAGGGAACGAACACGUGGGUUGUCUUGUACGAGAUCUUCACUGCUAUUCUGCAAGAUCCGGUGUUGAAGACGACUUAUUUAAUCAUCGAUGCACUUGACGAAUGCGUGACGGACUUACCGCGGCUUCUCGACCUGGUCACCCAAAUGUCAUGUGCAUCUUCUCGGGUCAAGUGGAUUGUCUCAAGUCGCAACUGGCUGCAGAUUGAGGAACAGUUGGCGAUGGUGGCGCAGAACGCUAGGCUGAGCCUCGAGCUGAAUGCCAAAUCCGUCGCCGCUGCCGUCAACACAUAUAUCGAUUACAAAGUCUUUCACCUAUCGCAUCAGAAGAAAUACGACAUCGAAACGAAGGCUACUGUGGUAGCUUAUCUUUCUUCCAAAGCGAACGGUACGUUUCUCUGGGUGGCAUUGGUCUGUCAGGCGCUCGAGGACCCGGAUGUUCAGGAUUGGGACACCCUCGAGACGCUGCACACAUUCCCAACUGGGAUGAUCUAUAUGCAGGAAUGGUGCAUCAAAUUAAAGGAUCCAGAAAUGCACUUAUCUGCAAGCACAUUCUUGCCGCCGUCGCAAUCGUUCACCGGCCCAUCAGCAUCCAGGAGCUAACCACUCUCGUCAAGCUGCCGGAUAGUAUUUCAACACAUCAAAAUCGUCUGGAAAAGAUUAUUAAAAUCUGCGGUUCGUUCUUGAUCUUACGAGAACAAACUAUUUACUUCGUCCACCAAUCCGCCAAGGACUUUCUACUUGGCGAUGCUACGCACCAAGCUUCUGGAGAUGCUUUCAACUGGGUCUUCCCUCUGGGGGUGGAAGAUGUAAACCAUAUCAUCUUCUCAAGAUCUCUCAGCGCAAUGUCUGCGGUUUUGCAGCGCGACAUGUACGGUUUGAAGACACCGGGAUUCAUCGACGAGGUUCAAACGCCAUCUUCAGACCCACUCGCCACAUUACGGUACUCAUGCGUUUUCUGGGUCAGCCAUCUCCGCGACUC